AUGGCAACUUUCGGGUUGCCAUGCUUAAAAUCCGAACGUUCGGGAUUUUAUCAUUGCCGUAAAAAAAUAUUAGUCAGUAUCACCGAAUCAAAAAAAAUCUACCGUCCCGAGAGCCAUAAUGUCCAUAAGAUGGAUGCUCAUAUUAACCUUCGCUCAAUGGUUACCCGCAAAAAAAAAAAAUCUUCGCUCAAUGGUAACAUGCGUACUGCAGGUGAGAAAUCGACCAUCAAGAAGCGGCACCUCUACAUCGACGUGGCACUGCUGGCUGCUAAUCCUGAGAUGACCACCUACAUGGCGCCUACUUUGGACAUUCGCCAGGCCAUCAUCUCCGAGAAGGUCCCGGAACUCGCCGCCGCUGCGGCCACCGCCGCGCUCAAGGAGUGGGGAGGUCCGCUCGAGGACAUCACCCACCUCAUUGACAGGGAAACAAACAGACUAAAACAAGAUUACACGCUGAGACUCAUCGUGGGCUCCACCAGCGGCGGCAGUGACAUGCCCGGCGCCGACUACCACAUCAUACGGCUCCUCGGGCUCUCUCCCUCCGUCCGCCGUGUCGCACUAUACCACCAGGGCUGCUUUGUCGGCGCGGCGGUGCUGCGCCUGGCGAAGGACCUCGCCGAGAACAACGGUGGGGCACGCGUGCUGGCCGUCUGCGUCGAGACCAACCUCAUGUACUUCCGCGGCCUCGACGACGCCCACAUGGACAACCUGGUCUGCCAGGCCCUCUUCGGAGACGGGGCUUCCGCCGUCGUCGUCGGGGCCGACGCUGACCCGGCCACAGAGAAGCAGCUGUUUGACAUCGUGCACGCGACGCAGCACCUCAUCCCGGAGACCGGCGGCGCCAUACAGGGACUCAUGCGGGAGGUGGGCCUGACCUUCGGCCUCAUCAGCGAGGUCCCGUCGCUGAUCGCCAAAAAUAUCGAGGCCGGCCUCCAGGAUAUGCUCGACGGCUCCGGCGUCGCAAUCACCGAUAGGAACUCCCUGUUCUGGGCGGUGCAUCCAGGGGGGCGCGCGAUCCUCGACAAGGUGGAGGCGGCGCUGGGACUUAAACCGGAGAAGAUGCGGGCAUCACGCAAGGUGCUGGCCGAGUACGGGAAUAUGGGCAGCGCGUGCGCGUGGUUCGUCCUCGACGAGUUGCGACGGUGGUCCGCCGCCGAGGGAUGCAGCACCAACGGAGAGGGGUGCGAGUGGGGCGUGCUCUUUGGCUUCGGCCCGGGGCUCACCAUGGACACCGUAUUGCUACGUAUCGUUUCUGUGUUUGCUUAUUAA